AAAAAAAUGUUGGUGUGUUGGUGCUGAUCUGUGCGCGUGUUGCAACCAGUUCCCCACAUCCGUGUAAAUUUGUCCACGUUUUUACCAGUUUUUACUUUUUAUUAACUACAGAACGAUCAGUCACCAUGCCUCCGAAAAAGUCGAUGGAAGAGACAGACAAGCUGACAAGAAUCGCAAUUGUCAAUUCAGAUAAAUGUAAACCUAAACGAUGCAGACAAGAGUGUAAACGAUCGUGUCCAGUUGUACGUAUGGGUAAACUAUGUAUUGAAGUGACUCCGAAUACUAAAAUAGCAUCAAUUUCUGAAGAAUUGUGUAUCGGGUGUGGUAUUUGCGUCAAGAAAUGUCCCUUUGAAGCUAUUUCAAUAAUUAACUUGCCAAGUAAUUUGGAGAAGGAAACAACGCACAGAUAUUCGAAAAAUUCAUUCAAGUUGCACAGACUCCCGAUCCCGAGACCUGGUGAAGUUUUAGGGCUAGUUGGUACCAACGGAAUCGGUAAAUCAACAGCGUUAAAAAUUUUAGCCGGCAAACAGAAGCCCAAUUUAGGGAGAUUUACUGAUCCUCCAGACUGGACAGAGAUUCUGAGCUACUUCCGGGGUAGCGAGUUGCAAAAUUAUUUUACUAAGAUCCUGGAGGAUGAUCUCAAAGCGUUAAUAAAGCCUCAGUACGUUGACCAGAUUCCGAAAGCGGUCAAGGGAACAGUUCAGCAGCUGCUAGAUAAAAAAGACGAGUGCGGUAAGCAAGAGGAGAUCUGCAAAAUGUUGGAUUUAUUGCACAUACGUGACCGUGGUAUUGAGGCACUGUCUGGUGGUGAGCUCCAGAGGUUCGCUUGCGCCAUGGUCUGCAUACAGAAUGGUGACAUAUUUAUGUUUGACGAGCCAUCGUCUUACUUGGACGUUAAACAACGUCUGAAUGCUGCCGUUACUAUUAGAUCGCUUAUACAUCCAGACAAAUUUAUUAUUGUCGUAGAACACGACCUUUCAGUACUUGACUAUCUGUCAGACUUUAUUUGCUGUCUGUACGGGGUACCUGGUGCUUACGGAGUUGUCACUAUGCCCUUCAGUGUUCGAGAAGGUAUAAAUAUCUUCCUUGAUGGUUUCGUACCAACUGAAAAUUUACGUUUCCGUGAAGAAUCCCUUGUAUUUAAAGUGGCUGAGAGUGCUAAUGAAGAAGAAAUAAAACGUAUGAAUCACUACGAGUAUCCAGCGAUGAAAAAAACAAUGGGAUCAUUUGAAUUGAAUGUCGAAAAAGGACAAUUUACGGAUUCGGAAAUUUUGGUUUUGCUUGGGGAAAAUGGUACCGGUAAAACAACAUUCAUAAGAAUGUUGGCAGGUAAUCUACCACCUGAUGAUGGAUCGGGUAAUAUUCCAAUGUUACAUAUCAGUUACAAGCCGCAGAAAAUCAGUCCCAAGUCUCAAGGAAUCGUUAGACAGUUACUGCACGAAAAAAUACGUGACGCUUACAUUCAUCCCCAGUUUAUAACUGACGUCAUGAAGCCGCUGAAGAUUGAUGACAUCAUGGACCAAGAGGUACAGAACUUGUCUGGUGGUGAACUUCAACGUGUUGCUCUGGCCCUGUGUCUGGGUAAACCAGCUGACGUUUAUUUGAUUGAUGAGCCGUCGGCUUACUUAGACUCCGAGCAACGUUUAGUUGCUGCUAAAGUCAUAAAACGGUUUAUUUUGCAUGCGAAAAAAACUGGAUUCGUUGUUGAGCACGACUUUAUAAUGGCAACUUAUCUCGCUGAUCGGGUGAUCGUCUUCUCCGGCGUACCCUCAAUGAACACAACCGCUCACUGCCCACAGUCUUUGCUCAACGGAAUGAACAAGUUUCUGGAGCUGCUAGGAAUCACAUUCAGGAGGGAUCCCAAUAAUUUCAGACCGCGUAUUAACAAGAACCAGUCGGUCAAAGACCUCGAUCAAAAAAGAGCGGGGCAAUAUUUCUUCCUGGAAGAAUAGAGUAAGAAUAAUAAUUUAUAAUAAUCAUUAUGGUAAACUUGGAAUAUUAAAAAUGAUAAUUAAUCAUAUAAUUAAUAAUGAUAAUGAUAACAAUGAAUUACUACGAGUAACAAGAUCAUGAAUUGUAAUAAUUUGAAUAUAAAAAAAUAAUCAAUUUAAAAUAAUAGUAAUUA